CCUUGUGUGUUUGAUAAUUUUUUUCAAAACAAAUUGCAAAAUCAAAACAUCGAUUGUUUUAAAUUUGCUACAGAUAAAUUGAUUGAAAAUUUCGCAUUGAAAUAAUCGACGAGGUGGUUUAUUCGUGCAAUGAAAUGAACGAGUGCUUCGAUUUUGAAUUAUUCAAGCAAUUUUUCGACUAAGAUUAGAAUAUACUUAAUUUGAACAGUUCGGAACAAGAUGUCGAACACUGUGGUGCUAAAUUAUCACGACACAGUCAUCCGCCAGUCCGAUAUUGAUAUUCUGAAAAGUAACAGUUGGCUGACAGAUUCAAUAAUUGGAUUCUACUUACAGUAUUUGGAAACUGAAAUAUACACCAAUAAAGAUUUCCUAUUCAUAAGUCCUGAGGUUACUCAAUGUAUCAAGUCAACGCAUCAUUCAGAAAUUCCUGUCUUUCUGGAUCCUUUAUCAGCGAGGCAAUACUUGGUGAUCUUUUUCCCUGUAAAUAAUAACGAAAAUGUAUACUCAUCGGGCGGAUCACAUUGGAGUUUACUCGUGUAUUAUCGUAACGACGGUAUAUUUUACCAUUUCGAUUCUUCCAAUGGUGUAAAUGAUCUGCAAGCGACGAAAUUAGCUUCUAAAUUACAGCAUUAUUUCGAAAAAGAUAGGGUAGCUAAUGUAAAAGAGUGCAAUUCUCUGCAGCAAAGUAAUAGUUACGAUUGUGGUAUUUAUUUAUUAUGUAACGUCGACAAUAUUGCAAAGCACGUGUUGAAUCGUCGUAAACUGGAUAAUAUCGGCGUUAUAAAUAAAGAAGAUGUCAAAUGUAAGCGAGCUGCUAUUUUAACGUUAAUUUUUACUUUACAAAAACGCAAUGCCGCCUCUCUCUGAAGAUACUUAGUACCUGAAUCUUUGGCUUUACUUUAUAGCACUGAUUGGAAUCAGUGGUUCCUAAAAUUUAGAUAUAAGUUCACCUGUAUUUUUUCUGUUAUUAAUUCUUUCUUUUUUUUUUUUGACUGAAUGAUCGUCAACAUGAGCUUAUAUUUAUAGUACGACUGGAUAUUCGUUAGUUAAAAAGUAUUAUUUUCGUUAUAGAAGCACAAAAUCUCAUUCAGUAUCCAGUGCUUGAAGGAUAAAUUAACAAUUCUUCGAUUCUCGAAUAAUGUAUAUGUACUCUUGCAAUUUGUAGUUAACUUUUAUCAUGUUAUUCUUGUUGAAUAAAUUUGUCAAUGUUUCGUUUAAA